CAAUAAACGUUUUUCAUGUUCCUGAUAUGUUUCUUAAACACACUUUUUAUUAGUGUUUUUUAAAUAAUAUUUUUUAAACCAUCCUUUAAUAUAUGGAUGCACUAGUCUUAGGAUGAAGGACUGAAUAAUUAGAAAGAGGCCGAAGUGCUGUGCUGCACAUCACACGCCGUUUUCUUUCACUUCCAAAAUAAUAUAUUAAAAUUUUCUAAUAUACCCUUUCUGGAGUUUACUUGGAAUUUUCUUGGUGAGCUUGUUGAUUUUUUCUAAACUAUUAGUCUGACUGGAAUUGAUUUCCUCGCCGCAAAGUUCUACAUUUUUAUUACUUCUCGAAUAUUUUUUUCCACUAUAGGCUUAUGUGGUGAAUACGUCGGUAUAGUGUGUCUCAUCGUAUCUCGUCUUGGCUUUUGACGGAACCUCUCGCACAAAGUAAUUCAUGCGUAUUGUUACUCGUUUUACUAAUGUAUUUAGAUAAUUAUUGGUAAGUUGUCUCUAUUUAGUGUCUUCGUAUUUUCUAGCAGUGAUAUUGUUAUUUUAUUGUAAAGUCUGUGUCACAUGAGGAAGGAGUUUUAGUCAACUGAUAACUUGCAAUGCCCAUUACAAUUACGCUAUUAGAAGGAAUGUUUGGAACUAGUUUGCUUUUAAACCAACUUUCAAAUCAAUCAGCGGUGGUGUCUUCAUGGUAAUACAGAGAAGAAUCUUUAAUAUUUUACGCAGACAGAGAAAGUCCAUUUGGAAUCCAACAAUCUUUAGGGCCAGCAUGCAAAAUAGUUAUUCUUUUACCUCUUUUUGAUGGUGCGUUUGUUUUACACUUAUCAAUUGAGUUAACCUAACCCUUUUCCGGGGUAUCAUAAGUGUCGAACCAGGUUUCAUCCAAGUAAAUAAUUGGCCUUUGUUGUUCUCUGUAAAUCCUAAUUUUUCUAGAUAUUCCAGUCGCCAUUUCCGAAUUCUAAUAGAUUCCAUUAAAACUUGCCUUUUGUCAAUUUUUUUAAAUCUAAAACCCGUGUGUUGAAUACACUUCCAUAGGAUAGUUCUGCCACAUUUAACACCGGUGGUUUCAUCUUUUUCAAGCCUCCUAAAUAAGAUAUGUAAUAUAGGCACGCUUUGUACCUCGUAUAACUGUUAAAUUUUACGCCGUAUUAUAUCUUGAUCACUUUCAUCUACACUCGAGAAAAUGUCAGCAUCGCUCCUUUUUUUCCUCGCUGAAAUGGGAUUAUUCACAAUUUUCCAUACAGUUGAUGUUGGAAGUUUCGUCAAUGUGGCCGUCACAUUGUUUAUAACUACCUUAGUCUCAAUAGAAUAGUGUUUUCUACAUUUUAGCGGGAGCAUCUCCUGAGAUACAGUAAACUCGCAUAUAUUUUGCAUAAUUCGCACACGAUUCAACACACGCUGCAUUACACACGAAAUAAGAAUUAUUACUAAUAAACUUAAACUAGGUAGUAUACCAAACCAAAGAAUAUUAAACAGAGGUAGGUAUAAAAUUAUUUUCUAGGUACGGACCACAAUUUUAUCUGAAUUUAAAUUCCGAAAUUUUAGGUAAUAAUCUUGUUGCAUUGUAUGUUAAUGACAACCCUUGGAUAAUCCCAUUCAAAAACAAUUGGUCACUUUCUUAUACCAUAUCUAAAUAAACAUAAUAUAAGAUUUAAUCUUUAUAUAUUUUAAACACGUUAAAAGUCCAUCCUUGAUGCUCUGACCUAUUAUAGUGACAGGUCCGGUGUUUUACUGCCGUCGGCAGGUAAUUUGGAUAAUUACCGACAUUAAUCAAGACGAUACACUUUGGGACAAAGUAUAAAUAGAAUACGACCCUCAGCUGUCUGUCGGUACGCGCGUGCGCGAAGCUUCGGCACGGUAACCGCUGGGGUGCACGGACGCGCGCUCGCGCUUUAAUCCCCGCAUAGAAAGAAGUCGAUCAAAUGGACACGCGGCGGUUCGCACAGGCGCGGCAGAUACGUCGCGAUUGUUUGGCCAGCGCAGCGAGACCGACGCAAGCUUUAACCCCGAAACGUUGUCGUCCCCCGUCGGUUUUCGGUUCGGUCGACUCUCGUUUGUUUUUUUUUUCGCCGCACCGUCCCCCGCCCCAACCGCCCGCCCGUUGGUCUCCGUGAAGCGUCCGGUCGCAGCUUCCUCGUGAAAACGUUAUAUUAUUAUAGUGUUCGACAUCGUGACUGUGUUGGUGAAUUUGAGGGGGUGAAAAAGCCACGAAAAAGGAACCCCGGACCCUUCGCUUAGCGUCAUCUGCGAUAGCGGCGUCCAAUUUUUUACAUAUCCGAAAUAUGCAGGUUUUUUUUUCUCGGAAGAAAAUUGCGAAAGUUGAAAUUUGAUUUGCCACCGCAGACGCUCAAAACGGUAAGCGAUGAAAAAAAAAACAGAAAAUUAAAAAGCCAGUUUGCGUCAACAGCGUUGUCAAAUCGACCACCAUUUCCACGUUCGUAGUGGCCCGUAAUAGCCGAAAAUUAAAUAAAAGAACACGAACGCGGCCUUGUCCGUUAGCAAUUAUCAAUUCGUUGGGUUGACCGAAACAGGCCCGUUACAUAAUCUGCGGUAUGGUUUUGCUAUUGUCGCUUAUUUUUUUGGCCGACAACUGAUAUCGUUAAUUUUACGGUCGAUAUUUUAUGAUGUGUUCAACAAUGUGAAUAAGAUUUUCUAUUUCAACUCAUAAAACGGUCGCAUUUUCACUAAAUAUGUAAUAAAAAAGUAAAUGUGUAGUAGAACUUCGGUAAUCCUGAUUAAUAAAAACCGAGACAAUUCGGAUUAGUAAAACAUCCGGAUUAUUGAAAUCUUUUUAAAAGCCACAAAAAUUCACCCAAAAGACAUCGUUGUAGCAUUUUUUAACACAAAUAAUGUAAACAUUUACUAACACCUAAAAAAUAAAAGAAAAAGAACACCCACACGCAGUUCUUACACCUACCGACAUAGAACGACAACGAAAAUAAUGCAAAUAAAUGGUUUGGAUUAUUGUAAAAUGUAACGUGCCGAGGCGGAUAUCGGUAAAUGUUAAUAAACUUAACAAUUUGGACUUACGUAAGUAAGAAUUAAAAAGUCUGCAAUUUUGUUUGUUUUAUACUGCAUUGUCUUGCUUGCAUUGCGCGUUCUCUCUUAGUUCGUAAGAUGGACAAAACAUUCAUUUCAACACCAUUUUCUUCUGCCCACUGUAUGCAUGUACCAAAGCAACGAAUAGCUUCCUCAUGUUUAAUUUUUAGAUCAUUUCUAACACCUUCACUGUCCCUCACUGUACAGCGGUAAGUGGUCAUCAUCGCCAUCGAUCCACUCGUUGAUCUCUGCUUCUUGCGUAGCAUAUUUCUAAUUUCGGCCGGCGGUAAAUAAGUAAAGGCAAUGGGAUGAAAGUUAUUCUUUCCUUAGACCCUUUACACCCAGGUGUCGAAUUCUUUUUAUGAUGUACCAAAGUACGAUUUGACAACAUUUUUCAGAGCAGUGCUGAUUCGUAUGCGUUGUAAAGCUGAUUUGGUUCCAACUGCGUCUCCCUAAUUUUGUUGGUUAAUGUCUGAAAAAAACGCUUAACAACAAUUGGGUCAUUAAUAAUUUUUUCCCUCUACUUGCGUUAAAGUUGUUAUCACCAUAAAAUUUUGCAUAAACUUGUGUCGCGUUUUCUCUUAAAAUAUGGGAUGUAAUGGUUACAUGUUUUUCCUGCUGCUUAAUAAACCACCCGUAUAACUCAGUUUGCAUUUGAGGGCUUCUCCUUUUCGCAGAGUUUUCUUACGUCGCGUUGCAGAAAAGCAAUUUUCGAUGUAGCUGAAACAAGGCGAUGACAUUAGUAUAGAGGAAUUCAAUCACCUUGUACCCAAACUCACUUUGUACCCAAAAUGUCAGAAAAUAAAAUAAAAAAAUAUUUAUUUUCAUUUCAUUACAUACUUUCGUAAAUUCAUGCUAGCUGUACAACAGACAUACGUCUUUAUUUGCCCAAAUUUCUGUUUUAUAUCCGAAAUAGUCGACGUACCAACUCGACAUUUUAUAGCCAAUACCUUGUCACUCUAGUUUUUCUAAAUUAUCAUAUUUUUCCGCUAGUAUUAAAGUUUUGUGUGCUCGCUUUGGUGCCAUGAUACUUUUUAACCUCUAAGAAAAUCUCGACUUGUCUUUAGAUUAUGAUUAUAGAAUACAUAAUGUAAAUAAGUAAUAUUUAAAUUUUGGCCGGAUUACUGGAGAAUCCAUUUCUUCUUUCAAAAUUCGAAAAACUUAAAUCUCGACGAGAUUAGACGUUACACAGGAUGUUUCAAAGUAACUGAUCGUUGAAGUGGAUGCGUUAGAUGAUUUUAAGAAGAAGAGUUCCAAUAAACCCACGUCCAAAAUCUAACUUUUGAGAUGCAGGGUGUUAAAAAUUAGAAAAAAAGGUUUUUGAUGUUUUUUUUUUAAUGUAGCGGUACAGGACGUGCCCUAGAUAAUUUUGAAAAAAUAAUGCCAUCCCUUGUUUCUUUCAAUAUAAAAUUUAUUAUCAAGUCCUCUUUCGUGUAGGAACCAACUUUAUUUCUUUACUCUUUUUGAUCCUUGGAAAAAAAUAAAAGGCUUUAGCAAGCAUAUCGGCACGUGACCGUUGACGCGUUUCUUUUUCGUGGCAACCCCCCAAAGUAGCUCCCGCCCCCUCGUUCGCGCUUAACCUACAAUUACCGUUGUAACGAAGUGAGGUCAUGUCGGCGUCGGCGACCAGCUAAGCGCAAAAAAAAAGGAUUAUGGCGUGGGGUUACUGGAGCGCGACCACGGUGUCUGACCGGGGCCGCAGUCCCCGGCGUAACAAAGAAAAUCCCCCCGAAUCCCACCACGGCGCGACGACGAAACCCGCAGGCGACGACCCUCCCUGCGCCUCACAUCCCCAAACUGCCGCCCCGGGAGCGCAAACGAUGAUACCCGUCGACCUGGAGGAGGUCAUGCAACAACCCCCACACCAACACCACCAUCAUCACCAGCUGUCUCGGCGUCCGAGCCUGGACCUGGGCUCGAUGGUGGGACCCCAGAGCGCCCUCGCCGGCAUCCUCUGCGCGGCCCACGGGAGUCGGCAGCUGGGGGGCACCCUCUCCGCGGGCAACACUCUGACACGGGUCGGCAGCCGCCACACCGCUGUGGAGUACGCAGUGCCCCACCACUUCCAUCACCAUCACCACGCGUACGUCGAGUACCACCACCAUCAGGGGCAACUGUCGUUAUCCGACGACGACAGCAGCUCGGAGCCGGGAUACGACUCGAUACGCGCAGUCUUCCCCAAUGCGCCGCCUCAGCCCGGGAUGCCCUGCCAGGGAGAGGACAGGAGCAUCUACAGGAGGGGCGCGAGAAGGUGGCGCAAGCUGUAUAGGGUCAACGGUCACAUUUUCCAGGCGAAAAGGUUCAACAGGAGAGCGUUCUGCGCUUAUUGCCACGACCGUAUCUGGGGCCUAGGGAGGCAGGGCUUCAAGUGCAUUCAGUGCAAGUUGCUGGUGCACAAAAAGUGUCACAAGGCGGUAAAUGUCGCGUGCACUAGCGACCACGGACCGGAACCCGAUCCCGCCCCCGUCAGGGACGAGCGAAACGGGGACGCGGUCCGCAUCCUCGCCGCCCCCGGAAACGAUCUCGUUUCGGAGGCUGGAUCGGGUAGGGAACGCGAAUACGCGGAACAGCCUCCGGACAUCGCCGGCGAUUCGGUACCGGUGGAGGACCCGACCAAACCGUCGGACGACUUAGAGGCGGGGUCGCAGCGCCAAUACUCGCUGAACGACUUCGACUUGAUCCGGGUGAUCGGCCGCGGCUCCUACGCGAAAGUGCUGAUGGUCGAGCUGAAAAAGACGAAACGUAUUUACGCAAUGAAGGUGAUCAAAAAGGCUCUGGUCACCGAUGACGAGGACAUCGAUUGGGUACAGACCGAGAAGCACGUGUUUGAAACCGCGUCCAAUCAUCCAUUCCUCGUCGGCCUUCACUCGUGCUUCCAGACGCCGUCCCGGUUGUUUUUCGUCAUCGAGUUCGUCAGGGGCGGCGACCUGAUGUUCCACAUGCAGCGGCAGAGACGCUUGCCGGAGGAGCACGCGAGAUUUUACGCAGCGGAGAUAUCGCUCGCCCUCAACUUUCUCCAUUGCAAAGGCAUCAUCUACAGAGAUUUGAAGCUGGACAAUGUGCUGCUCGACCACGAGGGGCACAUCAAGUUGACCGACUACGGCAUGUGCAAGGAGGGCAUCCGACCCGGCGACACGACGUCGACGUUCUGCGGCACGCCCAACUACAUCGCCCCCGAAAUACUGCGCGGCGAGGACUACGGCUUCUCCGUCGACUGGUGGGCACUAGGUGUGCUACUCUACGAGAUGCUCGCUGGUCGGUCCCCGUUCGACAUAGCGGGCGCGUCAGAGAACCCGGACCAGAACACGGAGGACUACCUAUUCCAGGUGAUCCUGGAGAAGACGAUCCGGAUUCCGAGAUCUUUGAGCGUCAAAGCCGCGAACGUACUCAAGGGGUUCCUGAACAAGAACCCCGCCGACCGCCUCGGUUGCCACAGCACCGACUCGUUUGCCGAGAUCACCGGCCACCAGUUCUUCAAAAGCAUCGACUGGGACCUGCUCGAACAGAAACAGGUACAGCCGCCGUACAAGCCGCGCCUCGACUCCGACAGAGACUUGGCCAACUUCCCGCCGGAGUUUACCGACGAGCCUGUCCACCUCACCCCCGACGACCCCCGCGUGAUAGAGAAAAUCGACCAAUCGGAGUUCGAGGGAUUCGAGUACGUGAAUCCGCUGUUGAUGUCGCUGGAGGACUGCGUGUGACACAACGUGAACUGCGCGCUGCACCCGAGCAACCUGCCGCCGCCGCCGCCGCUCCUCCUCCACCGUUACCCGCCGCCACCGUUCCCGCCGCCGCCACCACCCGCCGGCGUAUACGAGGGCGACGACGACGACGACGGGUACCUGCAGGUGGAGGUGGGACGUGCGUCCACCAGGUCCGUCUUGCAAAACAUCUUUUGCCUUCCGCUCAACUAGUGAGUUUUUGCUCGCGCGAUCACUCGGUAAUAGGGCUUUUCUCAAAAUGGCGUCACACGCUAAAACCGCCCCCCGUCCUCCUAAAUUCCUUUCGGGCCAAGGGGCGGAGAGACGCUUAUUACGACGAGCAAGGCUUAGAAUAAUAAUUAUUAAAGUAUUAAACAACAACAAAUUGCACUUUGAAAUAUUUAUUGAACAAAAGGUAGUAAAAAAAAAGUUUUCGCGCGAAAAAUGUCUUCCUUUUUACCACCCCCUACCCUGCCCGCCCCGCUCCCGCGUAGUCCGGUCCGGUUGGGGCGCCCGUUGACAUUUUCGCUACGUCGGUUUUGACGUAAAAAAAAAAAAAUUCCGCGUCUACAACUAAACCGCUGUGAUAUUCGAAGGCAUUCCACGAAUUUUUUCGGACUAUUCGGGCGGUGGGGAGGGAAAAUGGGACGUCGACUUUGCGUUAUGUUGAAUCAUAUACCGGCGGCUUGUAAUUUUUUAUUAGUAUUAUUUAUGAGUUGGUAUUAUUGUAUCGUAUUAUUAUUGUACCAGAAGGUAAUAAUCAGUUUGCAUUUUGUAUGACUUUUUUUUAGUUAGCGGUUCUUUGUAUUCUUUAUAAUAAAGGUCUACUUAA